CUUUUAACACACAGAAACACAAUCUCUUCUUUCUGUCUCGCAGCUCGCUCCCUCGCUCGCUGAUCCCUGGCCCGGCCCGACCCGAACCGAAUCGCCAUCGCCGAACCGGCCGAGUCGGGCACAAUGACUCGGCGGUGCUCUCACUGUAGCAACAACGGGCACAACUCGCGCACGUGCCCGACACGUGUAGGGUCCUCCUCCUCGUCCCCCUCCUUAUGCGGCGGCGGAGGCGUGAAGCUGUUCGGCGUGAGGCUCACCGAUGGCUCGAUCAUUAAGAAGAGCGCAAGCAUGGGGAAUUUAUCCAGUGCGGUGGUGCACUACCACUCCUCGUCGCCGAACCCGGACUCUCCGAGCUCCGACCCGCUCCAUGACCCGGUUCACGUUCCCGACGGUUACUUAUCCGACGACCCCGCCCACGCCUCCUCCUCCGUCAAUCGCCGCGGCGAUCGUAAAAAAGGAACGCCUUGGACAGAAGAGGAGCAUCGGAUGUUUUUGAUAGGUCUCCAGAAAUUGGGGAAGGGAGACUGGCGUGGGAUAGCACGGAGUUAUGUGACGACUAGGACUCCCACCCAGGUGGCAAGCCAUGCCCAGAAGUAUUUUAUUCGACAGAGUAAUGCUACACGAAGAAAGAGGCGCUCCAGCCUUUUCGACAUGGUUCCCGAUAUGGCUAUGGAUCCACCUCCUGUGCCAGAAGAACAAGUUUUUCUGCCUUCUUCUCGGGAAGGAGAAUCUGAAGAUGCAAACUCACUACCUUCAUUAAAUCUUUCCCUCAGCUCUGAGACCAAACCCAUGGAAACCACACAUGAAGAAAAAGUAAUAGAACUUGAUCAGGAGCCUGCAAUGGGAUCAAACGGUUUCCCGCCAAUAGCUCCACCUUACAUCCCAGCUUAUACGUCCUACCCUUGGCCAUAUUGGGCACCAAGUGCAGGGUUCUUUACAGAAAUGGUUGGUGAGCUCUCUCAUCAACCGGUCUUAAGGCCGAUUCCUAUCGUUCCUAAGGAGCCUGUCAAUGUUGAUGCGCUGGGCAUGUCUCAGCUCAGUCUUGGAGAGACGGAGGGAGGACUUAAGGAGCCUUCACCUCUCUCCUUAAAACUACUCGGAGAGCCGUCAAGGCAGUCAGCAUUUCACCCGAAAGCUCCAGCUAGUGAGCCGGACGUGAGCAAAGGCAAGAGCAGCGCGAUCCAAGCAGUCUGAAUCUGGCGAAAUGGAGCGGCAUCUCGGUCUUCUUUUCGGGCUGUUUUGUACUUUUUGUUGUGCACUAGUCUGAAGGCUUAUAAAUAACAUAGGCUAGAUAAAUUUCGUUGGAGAAAAGUUAAUUCUUUCUAAUUGUAAACAGCUAGAAAUUUGAAACUGUUACGGUCCUGGUAACUUAGUUAUGCCUUCAGUCGAUGAAAUCUGAAUUUCUUGUA